AUGGGCCUAGGAAUCCUAGAAGACAAACACCUAGAACACGUUCCAGGUACAACGCUCUUCAGCGACGACCCAAACGCCAUCGCAGAAAGCGUAUACGCCGGAUUGGAUUUAUCGUCACUCAAACAUGCCAAGGGUAAAAACGAAGGACAUAUCGUGCUUGUCCCACAACCCUCUGACGACCCGAAUGAUCCGCUGAAUUGGCCGACGUGGAAGAAACAUAUGGUGUUUUUCGUUUUAGUUUACGGGACUGUCGUCUGUGGUGUCUUGGGACCUAUCGUAUCCGCCGACUUGGUCGGCAUAGCUGCCGAAUUCGACCGUUCCGUACAAGCAAUCUCACGCGCACUUGGUUCUGCGCUUGUGCUUGCCCUCGCAUUCGCUACUGUCGUGUGGUCCGUGUCGAGUAUUAAGUUCGGUAAACGACCUGUCUUCCUGCUUAGUUCACUUAUGAUGUUUGCAGGAUCUAUGAUUGCUUCGUUUACUAAGAACUAUAAUAUGCUACUCGGCUCUCGAAUUCUACAAGGAGUUGGUGAAGCGGUACUCGAGUUCCUAGUCGGAGCAUCUAUCGCGGAUAUAUACUUUACACACGAGCGUGGUAUACCGGUUGCAUUGUGGAACCUUGCGCUACUCAAUGGCAUUAAUAUCACUCCACCGAUCACCGGUCAAGUCAUCAUGAAGCAGGGCUGGCGUUUCGCUUUCAAGCUAUUCUCCAUUUUUUGCGGUGUUCUUUUCCUCUUCCAAUUCUUCUUGGCACCUGAGACAACCUAUCACAGAAUCGUUCCAGGCCUGGUCCCUACUGCUCCGAAUGAAUCCGAAAGCCAAAAGUCCAGUAAAGAGAAUAUCGACCCCGAGAAGGCGAAGACCUCAGCUACCGAACACAUAAUCAGCAUUCCGCAAAAGAAAUCUUAUCUUCAGGAAUUGUCAGUGUAUAACGGAAUUUACCCGACGAAGGCGUCAGUGUGCAACUUACUCCUCCGACCGUUCAUUGCAUGCUUGACACCUGUGUGUUUAUGGGCGAGUCUUUUGUACGGUGUGGCGAUUACGUGGCUUGUGUUGAUUGCGACGAGUGUUGCGCAGUUGUUCUCAGGUCCACCGUAUAAUUUUGAUACCGGAAAUAUUGGGCUCACUUACAUGUCUCCCUUCAUCUUCUCCUUCCUUGCCGCACUACUAUGCGGUCCUCUCACCGACUACGUCGCGAAGCGCUUCAGCUUAGCGAAUCAAGGUAUAUUCGAACCAGAGUUCCGCCUCGUCCUCGUUGUUUUUUACGCGGUAUUUGGUGGAAUGGGAUUCUUUGGUUGGGGGAUUUCUGCAGACAUACAUGAUCCAUGGAUCGGACCCGUCAUCUUUUUCGGUUUGAUCAACUUCGGUAUAACGAUUGGCUGUUCUGCGGCAAUAGGCUAUGUCGUUGACUCGCAUCGCCAGUCCGCUGAUUCGGCCUUAGGCGGGGUCAUCUUGUUCUCGUUCAUCAUUACGUUGUUCAUCAACGAGUUGAGUAACCCCCGAGGUGUCCUCAAUGUAUUUGGUAUUGUUGGCGGAAUCACACUCUUCACGUGUUUCCUUACUAUUCCAAUGUACAUCUAUGGCAAACGAGCACGAUCGUGGAUCCAUCGGACGGUCAAGUUCGAUGAUGACGAGGUGACGGCUGUUGCACAUUGA